AGGAAACCACAGUUGGGAAGCAAAAUUAGUCAGACUUCUCUGAAGCUUCCUUCCUUCCUAGUACCUUCCCACCACCCAUUUGACUGUCAAAAUUUCCUUUCCGCAACGCUGAAUUUCAACGUUUAUAUAUAACCAAAGCUCUCUCUUCCCUUCUCCAUCGGUCAUCCCUAUCCAAUUUCAAGCUCUCGCAUUUCAAUCUCCCGCCGGCAAAUGGAAACAGAGCGUCUCCGCCCAGCGGCCGCCGCCGCCGGCAGCUACCAAGACCAAGAAGAAGAAAACUCCUCAGCCUUCUCAGGAUGCAACUGCUUCGGCUCCUUGUUCUCGAGAUGGGGAACCAAAUCCGCCAGCAGCGAAAGCAACAGCUACCUUCUGAUGCAAAACAGGGGAGGAGGAGGGAAAACAGGGGAAGACGAAAACCAGCAGCAGAAAGCAGAGCCCUCGUCGUGGGUCAUGAACCAGGUGAAGAAAUUGAAGGAGGUUUCGGAGAUGGUCGCCGGGCCCAAGUGGAAGAACUUCAUUAGGCAAAAACAGAGGAGGAAUCAGAAGUUCACUUACAACGCCGAGAGCUACGCCCUAAACUUCGACUGCGGGUUGGAGGAGGAAGAGUACGACUACGUCCCUGGGUUUUCGCAGAGGUUCGCCGCCGUUCCGGUGGAUAACAAGAAUCGUGAAGCUUUUGGGUUGUGACAGGGAAUUGGGAGGAGAUUUUUUUUUUUAUACCUUUAGUGGGUUGUUAAUCAAUUGAUUCAAUUUUUUAGAUUCUGGUUCUCUGGUUAAAUUCAUUGUUCAGUAUCAAGCAAUAAACUUUCCAUCUAGAACUCCAACAAAAGAUCUCCCUCUCCAUCUUUGUGAAAUCGUACCAUACCAAUGGUCUAAUUGAAAAAUAAUUUUUAACGAUACAA